CUGGCAAUGUUUGGACCCCUGAUUAAGUUGAAUACUCAAAUCAUAUGUAGAUAAAAAUCGCCGUCUGAAUCAAUGUCGACAUGCUUAGAAUCAGGUAAUCAACAACAGUAGCCUAGUACAUGAAGCGAGAGGAGGGCGCGUUAAGGGCGGGACAUCCUGUCUCAUUAUCAAACCAGUCCAGCGGUUUCGGUUCCCUGCUGUCAUGAAUCCAGUGCUAGGAGAACCAGAGAAUGGGAUUGUAGCAAGCUACCGAGCGGCUAUGUCCCAAUCAGGAUGAUAUCGCAGAGGGAAAAGGGUGAACUUGCUCGAUUCUACACUGUUACGGACCCCAGAAAGCACGAGAAAGGAUAUACCGUUUACAAAGUCACAGCAAGGAUCAUCUCCCGUAAAAACCCCGAAGACGUCCAAGAGAUCACUGUGUGGAAGAGGUACAACGACUUCCGGAAGCUUCAUCGAGACCUCUGGCAGAUCCACAGGAACCUCUUCCGCCACUCUGAGCUCUUCCCACCCUUCGCCAAGGCUAAAGUCUUCGGUCGUUUUGAUGACUCUGUGAUCGAGGAGAGGAGGCAGUGUUCAGAGGACCUGCUGCAGUUCAGUGCAAACAUCCCAGCACUUUACAGCAGUCAACACAUCGAGGACUUCUUCAAGGACGGAGAGGUCCAGGACGGCUCAGAACUCAUCGGGCCCGCAGAGCCUUUUUCCCACUUCCUUGCUGACAGCCUAUCAGAUUGCAGCUCUGAAGUCCAGAGAGACAUCGGUGGAGUGGAUGACCUGACCGUCACCAGUCAGUCGGAGUAUGGAGGCCUGUCCAGUGAGAGCGAUCUGAUCUCCCUGCUGGUGGACGGAGACUCUCUUGCCGAGUUGGACGAUGGAAUGGCCUCAGGCAGUGAGUCACCCAAUCACGUGGCAGCUCCGGGCUGUGGCCCCGCCCCCUCGGCCCAGCUGAGAGAGGCUCCCCCAAUCAGGAGCGAGCCCGAGGCGAGUGGGCGGGCCUCCGGGCGGACGGGCGGUCUCUUCCCCAGCGCGCUGAAGAGGAGGCGGGACUACCUGGACAGGGCAGGAGAGCUCAUCCGAUUGGCCGCUCACAACGAGGCCCAGGGCCACGUGCAGGCCGCACUCACACACUACAGGGGCGGAGUGGACCUGCUGUUACAGGGAGUACAGGGUGAGGUCAGUCCGAGCCGUAGAGAGGCAGUGAAGAGGAAGACGGCAGAGUAUCUGAUGCGUGCUGAGCAACUGACCAAUCAGCACGCUCAUCUCAACGACAUCAUGGGACAGAGUUCAACGCAGAGUGCGGUGUUGGGAUCUCAGUGCUGUCGACCCAGCUGGAGUCAGCAGACUCAGAGUGAUGACCUCAACAACUACAGAGUCCUCGGGGUCAUCGACAAGGUUCUUUUGGUGAUGGACAAGCGCACUCAGGAGACGUUUAUUUUAAAGGGUCUGAGGAAGAGUAGUGAAUGUGGGCGCGUGAGGAAGACCAUCCUGCCCCAUGACGUGCCGCACAUGGUGCGCCUCAGGAAGUUCAUUGUGGCCGAGGACUCCAUCUUCCUCCUCAUGGAGUACGCAGAGGGUGGGAAGCUGUGGUCCCACAUCAGUAAGUACCUGCGCAGCAGCAGUCCUGACGAGAGCUGUGACAUCCCCUUCAUACAGAAGUCCCACACGGCAGCCGUGCACCCUGUGGGCCCCCUGGCCCCUGGCCUGGGCAGCUCGGGCAGCGCGGACUCAGUGGGCCCAGGGGCCCUCGCCGGCCCCUCCACCUUCCAGCCCCAGGGGCCCAGCCUGCUGCUGGCCGCGGCCCACGGAGGGAGCCCCGGGCUGGGGGACGAGUGCUACCACAAGGGUGCGCCGCUGGAGGUGCGGGGGGAGGAGGAGAGGGGCACCAACAGCUACCUGACCCUGUGCGUGGAGUACGAGCAGGACAAGGUGGAGCCCGAGGCUCUUGGCCAGGCCGGACGGGAGACGGCGGAGGAGGAGGUCAACGGAGGCUCCGUCACGGUCGUCGUGCCGACGGCCCCGCGGACCAAGCUGUUGCUUAGCAACGACAGCCUGUCGUCGCCCGCGGGGCAGGACGUGUGUUUGUUCUUCGCGGACGAGGGCGGGAGCGAGGGGGGCGACGUGUUCGCUCAGGCCCCGGAGCCGGUCAGCGCGUCCGUCGGCUCCAAACGCACGCCCAUGGAGUUCUUCCGCAUCGACAGCAAGGACAGCGCCAGCGAGGUCCUCCUCCUCCACGACCCCGGCCACGACCUGUCCACCUCGGACCUGGGCUCCGAGGUCACGGAGUCGCUGCUGGACCUGGCCGAGGUGGUGGAGGUCAAGGGUCACCUUGCGGACCUGUGGCGCUUCGACAGCGAUCGGGCCUCCAACGAGUCGGUGCCGGUCAUCUCCUUCACGGAAGCGGUCGGCGGGGGGAACGGGGUCGGCCCGGAGGAGGCGGGGCCUCCCGACCUGCUGGUCAACCUGCCCGGGGUGGGGGGGGGCGCCGACCCUCUGGAGGAGGAGCUGGUCGCAGCUGGCGUCGCCAUGGCGAUCGAGCCCAAGCCCUCGCCCAAGCGUGGCCAGCCGGAUGUGCUGCUGCUGGACCAUGACAUGGGCCAGGAGGCCGACCCUGAUUGGUCGCUGGAGCAGGACGCGCUGUCGUCCUCGGCUUACUCCACCCAGAACUCUACGGGGGGCUCGUGCUGCAGCCCGCCCUCCAGAGCCAAGAUGGCCGCCAGCUCCAACCCUGUGGACAUUCCCCCAGCAGCAGGGCUGCGACUGGCUCCCUCGGGCUCCAGCGAUGACAUCCCCUUCGCGGACGCCAGCGAAGCGUCGGGGCGGUUUGAUCCCGGCUCUGACCCGGCGCCUCUGCGCCUGUGUGGGGGUGCGGAGAUGGAGGCUCUGGGGGGGGCGGUCCCCGGGGUCCGGUGCGAGGCGGGUGUGUGUGUGUCCCGGCGCGACUCGGACGCGGGUGCGGGCGUGUGUGUGGACCCGGGGCGGAACGUGUCGCAGCUGUUCCGUGAGCUGGACGAGCUGAGCAAGGCGGCCGCUCAGGUGCGCAUACCUGAGGAGUUUGUGCGCGGCUGGGCUGUGGAGAUGGUGAGCGCGCUGGACACACUGCACCAGCAGGGCCUCAUCUGCAGAGACCUGAACCCCAGCAACCUGCUGCUCACCGACACAGGUCACAUCCAGCUGACGUUCUUCUGCAGCUGGAGCGAAGUGGAGGAGUCGUACGACCGGGAGGCCAUCGCCAACAUGUACUGCGCUCCAGAGGUGGGUGGGAUCGGUGAGGAGACGGUGGCCUGUGAUUGGUGGAGCCUGGGGGCCAUUCUGUUUGAGCUGCUAACAGGAAAGUCGCUGCACCAGUGCCAUCCAGCAGGAAUCAGCAGACACACGUUCCUGAGCAUCCCUGAGUUUGUGUCCGAGGAGGCGCGCUCUCUACUGCAACAGCUUCUCCAGUACAACCCUGCAGAGAGAUUGGGAGCAGGAGGAUCAGGAGCCGAAGACAUCAAAUCACACCCAUUCUUCAGCUGCGUCACCUGGCCCACAUAAUCACACACACACACACACACACACACACACACACACACACACACACACACACACACACACAGAUAUAUACACACACUCACACACACAUAGAUAUACAAACACACACACACACACACACACACACUCACACACACACUCGCACUCACACACACACAAACACACAGUAAGAACAAAGGGAUAAGCUCCAGUUCCUCUUUCUGGACCAAUCAGCAGUGAAAACACUCCUGUUACACACCUGUGUGCUCCCACCCAUCAUCUCCGUGAGUGUGUGUGUGUGUGAGAGAGACACAGAGGGUAAUGAAGAGAAUUUGCCCCUGCAGUAAUGCUCCAAGUGGCGUGCGUGCGUACGUGCGUGCGUACGUGCGUGCGUGCGUGCGUGCGUGCGUUAGGGAUUUGAUCUCUGGAAAAAUGUCACGCAAUAUGAGGACCUGGUCAACAGUGCUCAACAGCCAAUCAGAUGAGAGUAUGACCAAACCCAGCCGGAGCUGAACCUACAACAGCCAAUGAGAUGACUGAGUACUGACAACUGGACAGAACGGAGUAUGAAACAGCCAAUCACACAAGAGAGUGGGAAUGGACCAGUGGUCCUCCACUCUUGCCCAAUCAGCACACCACAGUGGCACUGACCCCACCCCCACCUGUCCUCCUAUUGGCCAGAACAGACUUAGUAGCCAAUCAGAGGACUCUGCCUAUCUGUCAGUCAAAAGUAUCUGAAGAGCAGAGCCAGACUCAACAGUGACCAAGGACUAGAACACCCCCUGAUCCUUGCAUGCUCAAAUGCUAUUUUAUCAAAAAGUGUGUAUGAGAGUGAGUGAGCGUGUGAGAGUGAGCGUGUGAGAGUGAGCGUGUGUGUGAGCGUGUGUGAGCGUGUGUGAGUGAGUGUGUGUGUGUUCAAGGGUUACAUGCAACACUGUGCCGAUGCCAAAUGAGGUGGGAAGCACAGCUGGCGAUAGAAGAGAGGAGGCCAGUGCAGUAGCCAUCACUGCCCCAGCUGACCUGAACAAGUGUGUGUGUGUGUGUGUGUGUGUGUGUGUGUGUACUGCCUCAGCUGAACAAGUGAGUUUGUGAGCCAUCAUAUGAUGGCUGGUUGAGUUAUAAUGGCAGACUACAGUUGUGUGUGUUUAUAGAAGAACAUGUGUUUUAAAAGAGAAGUGUGUGUGUAAAGAACAGAUAUUGGCAUUAAAGAGAAGUAAUGUUUUUAUUUUGUUUUUUAUUUUCAUUUCCUGAAAGUCCUGACUUCAUGACUGCUGGUGUUUUGUAUGAGAGAGUCCAACUUAAUGAUGUACUCAUUAAUGAUAUGUUAAUAAUAUGUCAAUGAUAUGUUAAUGAUGUACUUAUUAAUGACGUGUUAAUGAUGUACUUAUUAAUGAUAUGUUAAUGAUGUACUUAUUUAAAACAUUCAUGCCAUUGCUAUCAUGCAGCACAUGAAGAAAUGUUUGCACCUGUGGAAUAAUAUGAUAUAAUAUAAUAUGCAUUCUAAACACAGAUGUGGUCCCAGUGUUGUCCACACACACACACACACACAUACAUACACUCGUGUUGAUGCAUUCCCCCGGUGCUGUCAUGUCUGUCUCUGUACACACACACACACACUCCACACUGCGGUGGCUGGUUGUGUUUUGUCCGUCUGCGCGCACACACACACACACACACACACACACACACACACACACAGACCCUGUUGGUCUGGCCCCCGUCUCAAUAAAACAACUCUGUGUUCGCCCCCUUUCA